CUGAUGGCUUUAUCCUUUGUGAAUUUGUCCAGCCCUGUUUUAAAGCUGUUGACAGCUUUCACUAUACGGUACCUAGUGGGUGCAAAUGCCAUAGUUCAACCAUGCUCUGUGUGAAGUACUUUUGUCUCUCCUUGAACUUCCAUCAUGCAGCUCCAUAGAUUGCUCUUGGAUUCGACUAUUAUACAUAGAUUAUACAUAGGGGAAUUGUCAGAACCCCAUGAUAAUUAUGGUUGCUCUGAACUGGACAAAGUAUUCCAAGUGCAGUUGCACCAUAGAUUUGUAUAGUAAUGGCUUUAUUAUACUGGCAGUUUUAUUGUCAAUCCCUUUCCUAAUGAUCUCUAGCAUGAAAUUUGCCUUUUUCACAGCUGCCAUGCACUGGGCCAGCAUCUUAAUUAUAACUAUCCGCCAUGAUUCUAAUUUCUCUUACCUUGUCAGUCACCAUCAGUUAAGACCCCACACUCAUAUUUUGUGUGUGAGUGUGUGUGUGUGUGUGUGUGUGUGAGAGAGAGAGAGAGAGAGAGAGAGAAAUCUGUCUCUUUUGCUCCAGUGUGCAUCUCUUCACAGUUAUACAUUGAAUUGCAUUUGCCAUUUUAAUAUCCAUUGACCCAAUGUGGAGAGCUCCUUUUGGAGCACCUUGCAAUCCUUCUGCAAUCAUACAGUGAACAAUUUGGUAUUUCCAAACAAAGCCACCAGAAUACUUACCCCUAAGUCCAGAUCAUUAAUGAGCAAGUUAAAGAAGUGCCGGUCACAGUACCAAUCCUUGGGGAGACCCUAUUUCUUACACCCCUCACUCUGUCCAUAUACUUUUUGAUACUCUCGGAGAACUCAAAAAAGUUAGUGAGGCAGAACUUGUCCUCACAGAAGCCAUGAUGUAAAGGCAGGUGAAGUGAGAGGAAUAAGGUUUCCCACUUUGCCUGCAGAGAUAACCGUGAGGGGAGAAGACACUUUGAGUGAAGCAACAGCGUGAUUAAGGCUGCAAUCUCAUGCACAUUUAUUUGAGAAAAUUAGAGGUGACGGGAAUAGCUCAAGCUGUCAUGAGAUGGAUCGCAAUCAGCCUUCUUGUGUUUGCCCUGGCUUCUCAGGUGGCUAAUGCUACGUUGUCGAAGACAGACACUAAAAAAACUGCCUCAAAAACCCUGGAGGAAAAGACUCACUAUUCAGAUAAAAGAGUGCAAGACCGUGGCCUGGUUUCUACUGAUUUAAAGACGAAGGAUAUUAUUCUGGAGCACAAAAGCUACUGUGCCAAAAAAGCACGAGAACGACACUUUGGGGGAGAUGUUUUGGGCUACAUAACACCUUGGAACGGCCAUGGCUAUGACAUUGCUAAGAUAUUUGGAAGCAAAUUUACCACUAUCUCGCCAGUCUGGUUGCAGGUGAAGAGAAGGGGCAAGGAGAGGUUCCAGGUGACAGGGCUCCAUGAUGCUGACCAAGGUUGGAUGAAAGAAGUGAAGAAGAAUGCCAAAAACAUCAAAAUAGUUCCACGACUUUUGUUUGAAGGCUGGACUUACCAUGACUUUGAGAGUGUCUUUGUCAGUGAAGAUGAGAUAGAAGAGCUUUCUAGCAACCUGAUCCAAAUAGCCAAGAAUGAGAAUUUUGAUGGCUUUGUGGCUGAAGUUUGGAGUCAGCUAGGAAAUCAGAAGCAAACGGGUCUGAUUCACUUGCUCACUCACCUCUCGGAAGCUUUGCAUCAGGCGCGGCUGAAGCUGAUGCUUGUCAUCCCUCCCACUGUCAUGCCAGGAACCAACCAGCUGGGAAGUUUCACAAAGAAAGAAUUUGAUCAGCUAGCCCCAAUAGUGGACAGCUUCAGCCUCAUGACAUAUGAUUAUUCAGCACCACAACGGCCUGGCCCUAAUUCUCCUCUACCUUGGAUGCGGGCGUGUGUUCAAAUGCUGGAUCCAGAAGCCAAGUGGAGAAGUAAAAUUCUUCUAGGACUGAAUUUUUAUGGCAUGGACUACUCGGCACUGAGCGCUUCUGGGGAGCCAAUAAUUGGAAACAAGUAUAUAGAAAUCUUGAAGGAGCAUAAACCUAAGCUGGUUUGGGAUGAACAAAUAGCUGAACACUAUUUUGAAUACAAAAGAAGUAAAGGAGGAAAGCAUGCAGUCUUCUAUCCAACUUUAAAGUCCAUCCAACUGCGGUUAGAGCUUGCAAAGGAACUGGGCACAGGAAUUGCCAUCUGGGAACUUGGCCAAGGACUGGAUUAUUUUUAUGACUUACUUUAAAAAUAUGACACAUCCUUUUUUCAUUGACAUUUCAUCUUCAAUCAACUGGAGCUGGAGGGGGUGUGCAGAAUGGAUUUUUUUGUGGGGAGGGGGGCAAUGUAAUUUAUAUGGAAUCAGUUUCAAAUUUUCCCAAUAAAGAGUAUCUUUUGAGUUAUUGUGCUUCAUGUAGUGCAUGGAGAUGGGUAAAGUAAGGAGAGCUGCCAACUCCAGUGUUCUGACAAGGUUACAGGAGAGUUGACUACAGCGAGAGGAGGUAAGAGGUAUUUAUUUUACUAGUUCUUUUUACAUGUUUAAAGCUAAGUCAGGGUGUAACACUAGCAAGCCGAUCCUUGGCAUUCAGUGGGACCUACUCACAGGUAAGGAUGCAUAAGAAUCCAGUGCUAAAUUGAGUGCCUGAAGUACACUUGAUCAUACAGCCAUUUAAAAGUGUUCUAUCCCUACAGUUGCACUUUGACUGAUUGGAUAACGUAUGUGAUGAGAGAUGUCAGGAGGGCGGCAACCUGUUGAUUCUCCCUUUACCUCAUGCUGGCCUUUGAGUCUACCAUCCGUGAAUGACACACGGCUCUUCAUUGAUCCAAGUGACAAACCUGGCUGUUCCUCUGGAAAUCACGAUCAACCUCAGCAUCCUUCUGAUGGCUCUGGGAGUUGGUGGCAUGGUAUUGCGGUGCUUCUACUUCUACUUGCGGACUAAUCCGCAGAGGGUUACACAGGGGAACUUCUAUUUAGCCAUCUGGUGCUUGUGCUAUGGGAUUGCACAAGAUUCCAGAAGGGAUUCCCCGAGGCCGCCUGGGGAUAUGGGAGUGUAGUACCACCAGUAUGCUCUUGACACCCAGCUCUGUUUCUCCUUGGCAUCUGAGUCAGGAGAGGCUGUGGAAGUGCUCAGCUGCUUCCUGGAUUUGAUAAGGAGCUGGUUUGAGGUCAGUAAAACUGAAUCUCAACCCUGACAAGAUGGGGUCCUUUGGGUUGAUAGUUCUUAGGUUCACACAGAUGGUAGGCAAAUAGUUCUGGAUGGAGUUGUCCUCCCCUUGAAGAGGCAGCUUGCACAGCUUGCAGGUGCUCCUUGGUCCACCUUUGUCUUUGGCGCACCAGGCAACCUCUUUAGCAUGAGAUGCCUUUCACUGGUGCAUCAGCUGCAACAUCUGCCAACAUCCUAUCUGGAGUACCGCGGUGUGUUAUUUGUAGAGCUGCCUCCAAGAAUGGCUUAGAAGGCUCACUAGUGCUGGAUGCACUAGUUUUGACUGGCACUGCUUGCAUGGAUGGUAUCAUGCCAGUUUUAAAAGAACUCCCCUAGUUGUGUAUUCAUUUGUGGGCCUUAUUCAAAGUGCUGAUGUUGCUUAUUUCUAAAUGUCACCUCCAUCAGAAAUUAGGGCUUUGUUAAAAGAAAAGAAAAGAGGGAGGUCAAGAACUAGCACCUCAACAAUGGAAUAUCCUCCCUAGCAGAUAUGCUUUGUGCCAUCUUUGCCAUCCUUUAAAAGCCAGGUAAAAACCUAUUUAGUUACCCAGGCAUUUCAAAGCAUUUUUCUAUCUUAAUUAUUUUAGACUGACUAUGAUUUUACACACCUUUUAGCUGCUGGUUUUGUUGUCGCUUUUUAUUGUUGCUUUGGUUUUUUUGCAAACGCCCUUGAAACGUUGGAUAGAAGGCAGCAUGUGUAUUUAUUUCUUUUUUAUAGUUCUUUUAUUACCUUUAUAUCACUCCUUUCUUCCACCAUGGAAUCCAAGACAGCUCACAUGUGAUUCCCAGGUGGUUACCUAUCUAGGCUUUGGCCAGACCUGCUUGCAGCUUCAGCAAGGUGGUGGUCUAAUGGACCUUCAGAUCACAAUAAAUAAAAUAAUUACUGUGCAGAGAAGUUCACGGGCCAAGAAGAAAGCACCUGGGGAAGGGACAGGCUGAACAUUGCGGGGUUGGAAGCACUAAUAAUUUUUAGCAUUUUUAAAUGCUUAAAUAUUUUGCUAUGGGGUUGCAUUCAUUUACUGCUUAAUUUAAAACUUUAAGAAGAAAUGUUCCUCGUAUACUUAUUGCAUGUAUUCAUUCAAAAUAAAAAGCGCUUUUAAGUGAAGAAGCGCAAGUGUCUGAUACCACUGCUCAGAGGGAAUGAUAGGAAUGUGACUGCACAGAGAGAGGACAGGAAUAUUGUACACUGCCGGAGACAUCUAUGCAGUCGUACUUAAAGACCUGCUGAUGUUCCCGUUCCUACUUACAGCACUUGCUAAGAUAAUGGUUGUACUUUUGUCCCCUCCCUACUAAUUAAUCACAGCAAGGAGCUUGCCUAGAUCUGCUGUCUUCAAGCAAAUAAAUCCUCUGCAAUCCAGUGCUGAUUAAAGUCCCAUUGAUUUUCACCCCUCUGAUUCACUUCUGGAGCCUCUUGACUCCCAUGUGUAUUAUAAAGUAUCCCACAGCUUUCCUAAUCAGGGCCCUGCACUACCUUGCUGCAUCAAUACAGCUGUAAUUUGCCAUGUGAAUCUUUCUAUUCAUUUAACCUGAAGGUUGCUGGUCCAGUCAAAAGGAAUUUGAAGUAAUACUGGGGGACAGAGACAGCAGUGUGCAGAGGUAACAGGAUUAUCCCGGGAGGUGUGCUGUCUUCCAGGUGCAAAGAUUCAUGGUGUAAAAGAAAAGUUGCCAUGUCUUAUAAAGCCCAUUGACCACAACCCCUUCCUUCUGAUUCAUGUAGGUACAAACGGCAUUGCCAGACACAGUCUUCGACAUACAACAAGGGCCUAUGAGACUCUGUGCAGGAAGCUGAAGGGCCUUGGGACACAAAAGUGGUUUUUUCAACACUCCUUGCUGUUGAAGGUCAGGGCCCAGGAAGAGAGAGGAAUUAAACCACUGGCUGCGCAGGUGGUGUCGUCAGGAAGAGUUUGACUUCUUGGACCAUGGUCUGUGCUUCCUUAAGGAAGGCCUUCUGGCAAGAGAUGGACUGCACCUCACAGUGAUUGGCAAGAAUGUGUUUGCUAAGAGUCUUGCAAACCUGAUCAAGAGAGUUUGAAACUAAAUCCUGAGGGGGAGGAAGACAAUAUUACAGAUGACAGGGAAACACCUCGUACUGGGAAUAAUAGCUUCAUUGAUGCACAGGGCAGGAAACUACAAGAAGAAAUCAGCUGGAGGGAAUGAUUUGUGGUUUCAGUUAUCUCUAUACUAAUGCACAGAGUAUGGGAAACAAGCAAGAUGAAUAGGAGCUCUUUUUAUUGUUUGUGGCUUUUUGCAGUUUUUUAUAUACAUAUCCUAUUUUCAUCCUUAUGUAUAAUGAAUAGAAGCUCUUAAUACAGGAUGGCAAAUAUGACCUAAUACUAUUAAUGCCUAUUAAUAGUGGAACAAUCCACCUCUCCUCUCCCCACAUGCUAUUCAAAGGGAUCUCCUGACACACACCUCUGCCCAAUUUUGGAGGGUGCACGAAGCAUGCGUUGGGGAGGAAAAGGGGAAAAUCCCAGUUCUGCAUGUCCUUGUGCGGAGCAUCUGCUGACAGGAGUCAUUAGUUAAAUCCCACCCAGUGUUUCUACAUUUGCACUAUGCUCUCCUAUCCCCAUACAACUUGGGAACAAACUCUGUUGUGGGCCAGGCAGGAGGAGAAAGUGGUGGUAAUAAUGAUGCCUCUGUAGGGGGUUCCCCCUGCCAAAAAAAAUCAAACCCUACAAUUUGGGAACAACUAGGGGAAAGGUGGUUAUUAUGAGUUGUUUUAAAUGAACAUUUAUUCAGAGUAGACCCAUUGAAAUUAAUGGACAUGAUGAACCUACAUUAAUUUCAAUGAGUCUACUCUGAGUAAAAAUUAGAUGAUUGCAGCCCAAUGCCUUUGCACUGGUCUCCCCCAACCCCUUACCUGGGAACAAGAAAAAGAUGAUAAUUCCCAGGCUAAACCUUGCAUGUCAUUCCUUUUGCCUUACCCUUCCAGAUUUGUUCCUGAUUGGUUCUCCUGAAUUUGUUACUGUUUUCUUGUGUUACCUUCAUGCUUCUUUCAGCAACUUGUUCAUUAUGGUUUUUCUUGUUCAGACUGUUAAGUUGAACCCGUAAUAUAAUGCUACAGUGUAGAGUGUUCCUGUUCAGGAUUGCAUCCCAUCAGCCAUGCCAUUUUUUUUGGAUACACCAUUCGGUUUCCCUGCUCCAGGUAGGGCUUAUUUUUCUUCUCCCCUUGUGUUUUUCCCACUUAAAGGUUUUUGUACAUCUGCAAACCUUGAAGCUCCCUGAGCCUGCCAGUUUUGGAAUCAUAAGGAGUGCAAUUGGAGAAUGAGUUUGUUGUUAGCGUAUAUGGUCGUUUAUUCUGUUUUCAUUCUGGAUGGUGUUCACUUCAUAUAAAUUCUGAGUGUGUUACUUAUACUUUGGAAUAUGUUAUUUUGCAGAGUGCUCACUUUGUGUUAGAUGUUUAUGUUCAGUUCAUUUCCCCUUCCUCUGGUUUGUUUUGCAAUCUGAUGAUCAGUGUACAUGAAUUUCAUUUGCAAUGUGCACAAGUUUGAUGAGGUGCACAUCAAUCUGUUUUAUUGGGGUUUUCAAAUGUGCUUGAAAGGAGACAGUUUUGUUGGUGGCGGUGUCAUAGCAGGAAUUACUUAUUAGCAGGAGUCUCUUAACAAUGUACAGCAGAACAUCUACUUAAUUAAAAACAAAAGCAAACAAAAAACCUUCCAUGAUUGCGAAUGGACUUUAUAAUCUCCAAAAGACCUGGGAGAAAUGAAGAACUAAUAAUUGACUGGCCUAGUAACAUACAAGGACUAGAUCAUACUGUAGCUUGCCAGCUAAAAUUUAGGAUUGCCUUGUAAAUUCCACUGGUAGAGUCUUACCAGAACAUAGCGAGCAAGAGCUGUGGGGGUGUUUUUGAGACACCAACUGCUACUACAAUGUCUGGUUCCAUAUUUAAUUUCAGGACUGCCCUUUUCCAGACAUCAAUUAGACAAUCUCUCCUGUAUACCCAAGAAGGAUAUUGAAUGGGGGGAAACACAAUAAGCACCACCACAUUAAGCAGUCACAGAGAUGACUAACGUGUAGUUGAUGUUAACUACAAGUCCAGGGCACAGGAGCCUGACCAGGUAUAUUUCUUCUCCCCUUGACUUUCAGUCUGUGGUUUCUUUCAGAUAAGUGCCCAGACUGCAUUCCAUUUGUUUCAGGCAAGAGCAGAUUCAUUCUCCCUCAGCUCUUAUUUGUUCGUUUUCUUAUUAAAUUGUGUAUCCCACUCUCUAGGAGUGCUCUUGUUCAAGGUGUCAAUCAACCUGGAAUAGGGCCUGAGUAAUGCAGUUCAAGCCCUUGGACAGGGGAGAUUAACAGAAGGGGAAAGGACAGGUUUCAGCUGCAACUCUCAAAUUGUGUUCUCCUACCAACUGUAGGUGAACAGGAAUAGGAACCUUUUGGGGUCAUAUUUGGAAUUUUGAAAAAAAUGCUCUGGGUGCACACUCACAAAAUGGCUGUUAUCAGGGCACAGCAUAACACCAAACAGUUGCCACAUCUAAAGGGACAGAAAAAGGACCACAAAAUGGUGUUGGCAUGCUCCUCUCCAUAAACGGAGGAAGAAAAGUCCAUAUAUCCCUAUCUCACAGAGCUCUUGGCACUUUUCUGUUCUUGAACACAAUAAAGUGUUGGUGUCCAAUCCUGGCAUCCUGCUAAAUGUGGGCAACUUUGAGGUGGUUAGCUGAUUGUAGGAGAAGCUGACCCAGUACAAACAUGAACUAAGCAGACUCAUUUGAUCUGCCCGACUUCUGGUUCCUUUAGGCUAGACUUCCCCAGCAUCGUGCCCUGCAGAGGUGGUUGGACUAUGGCCCCCAUGGUCACUCAGCAUUGGCCAUGCUGGCUGGGGUUGAAGAAAAAGGGCCCCCAGACCACCUUGUAACUAACUGUAAGCUAAGUCCACAAUAGCAGUACCCAGAAUCAUCCUUUGGAAAGUCUCCUGUUCCUGGGCCCCCAAAGCCCUCAGAAUUCUCCAGAAUUUUACUGGGCAGAAACAUUCUACCCAGCCCUACUAGAAACCACCAGCUUAUUUGUGGGUGGCUCCUCUUCAUUUCCAAGCUGAUAGGCUCUUGACCAGCAGCAUUCUUUGUUAGCAGGAGUGAUAAAUAACGUGCCUGGGAAGGAGAAAGUGGCAGCAGACUUUCAUUAUCUUCCCUGCAUUUUAAAAUAUAAAGACAAAGGACUAUCAGCACCACAGUGUAGCACAAGAAACUUUUGCUGUUUGUUGAAAUAAUUUAAAUGUUUUAUACCAGCGGUAACUCUAAGAUGAUAGCGCAUUUUGUCAAGUUAAAUAUAAAUUAUAAGUAAGCAUUAUUUGUCGGGGGAAAAACAUUGUGAGAACACAGUUUUGCUCAAUACUGUUAUUAGGCUGUUCCAAAUUGCUUGUGUUAGCAGUUAGGCAUCUAAGAGGGGACAAAACAGCUGUAGAGCCAAAACAAGCCUCUGCUUUUCUUAAUUAAGCUUUUCUUAAUUAAGCAAAAAAAAGUUGAAGGGACUGCACAGAUAAUCAAGCAUUUGAGCCGGCCUUUUAAUGAGUUGGCCUAUAGAUCCACCUAGCCGAGCCUUCCCAACCUGGUGCUCUCCAGAUGUUAUUAAAAUGCCAUCAUCCUUGGCCAUUGGCCACACUGGCUGGGGUUGAUGAGUGUUGGGAGUCCAUUCAUAAGUGGAGGGCACAAAGUUUCUUUGAAUAUCUGGGUUCCAAGGGACCUUUUAGCUUUUCUAAGCCUAAGAAGAGCCCUACUGAGUUAAAGCAAAGGCCUGUUGGGUCCAGCAUCCUGUUGGCCAUUUAGAUGCACAUGGGAAGCCCAUGUAACAAAACAAAGCUAAAACAGUUUAUUUAUCAGUAUGUCAUUGAUGACAAGCCUACUGUGUGAAAACAUAUCAGAAAUGUUAAAGCUGAGCCCCAAGUUUCAAAAGCUAGUCUAGCGUUGUAGUAGACAUGUGUGAAUCAAUAGCAGAGUGGGCACUUGCUUGAGCAAGGCUUGGAGAAACUUGCUUCCUUGUUGCUUUUCAAUUUAUGCACAGAGGCCUCAGCCUGUAGCAUUGUUGGCCAGCCGAUCAAACCAGAAGAUCAUUGAUAUGUCUCCCAGUGAAAAAGAAAAGUAGAGGCUGGCAUCUCUUACACAACACAGAAGCAGAAGGGUGAGUGUUAUAUGAAAAGUGCUAUGAAAAAAGACCUUUCAGCCACAUUUUAAAUUUUAACAGGAUUUAUAUAAGUGGCAACAGCUUACUUUUUAGCCUUAAGGCUUGGGUAACAACAGAUAAAAGCUUCUGAAAUGUUUAUUGUCUCCUUUUUUUUAACCUUAUCUAUACAGAAUUAAUGACUCUUUCCUUUGGAAUCUUACCUUGAGUGCCUAACAGAUAUCUCUUAGGGCUUUGGGAAAUGUGUUGAUAGGGGCUUCAUACGCAAGGACUUUAAAGUACAAUAUAAAUCCCAGACUGCCCCCCCUUUCCCUCCCACGAAUAAGAGGGUCUUUAGUCUCAACCCAUCAGCUACUACUGCAGAGUAAGUCUUGUUUUGUAACCACUAUAACUGUAUCUAUUGUGAGGCAAACAGGGCAAAACUGAAUCAUCUCCCUGCUCAUACGCUAGCCUGUAUCUCUGAAGUAGCCAAUAUGUUGUUGGACUACAACACCCAUCAGCCCCAGCCCCAUCAUCAAGGGUGAUGAGGGACAAUGGGUAUUGUAGUCCAACAGCAUCUGGUUUGCACAGCAGUGGCUAGCCCUGCCCCAGGGAAAUUGAUUCUAUGAUUCUGUCUGCUCCAUACU